AUUGCUCCUUGUACGGCGCGAAUCUAUCCCAAGAGAUGACAUUGGCCUUGUCUGUUCUAACCAAACUGGCUGUACGAAGUAGUCAUUAUGGAGGAGGUUGCCGCCGAAUUCACGCUCUUCCCUCGUUUGCCAGCAGAGCUACGGAUCAAAAUUUGGGAAUCCGUGCCAAGGCCUACUCGUGUGAUUGGGAUAUUGCCUCCGGCUGCUCGAUGGUAUCGACACUAUUUUCGCGCUAUCGGUACUAGAGCAAGCAUCAUAGCAGAAGAGCAGGACCCUCUGCAACGCUACAACUAUCGCUACAUUGUGCAGCCCAAGAAACAUGCGAUAUUUCCGCCGCUUCAUGUAAAUCGUGAAGCCCGAGCAGUUUGGCUGCCACACUUUUUCCAGCCGUCCCGGUUUUUCCAAGCAUCAAAUCUUAUUAUUCGCUUCGAUACUCCUUUUAUCAGCUACGACACUGAUAUUUUUACCAUCUUUGACGGAUGGCCGUCAAAUGGAAUUCCUCAGGACGCUUUCCUCAAUCCUCUUCUAGCUGACACUGGUGACCAGCCCUUGGAUGGGUUCAUCGCUCUCGACCGGAACCGAAUACGAAACCUUGCUCUUUGCGAAAUCCCGGGAGAUAUCAAGGGUUUUACGAGCGCUGUUUCAAUUCGGCAGCUGCCAAACUUGCAAACAUUGACUAUCAUGGCUUUGGGGCCUGACGGGAAAUGGAAACCCGAAUCUCUGGCUUCUGAGGGGAGCGGCGGCGACAUCGCGUACAGUUUACCGGUACUCGAGAUGUUAGCAGUCGAUGUGCAGCGGAUCACUGCAGAUAUCCAUGAUAUUCCUCUAGAGCUGGUUCAAAACAGCCCAUUUCUAAAAGAUGCUAGACUACGACAUGCUGUCGCUUUAUCACCGAGCAUACGCCCCCUCAUUCGGUACAAAACUUUCGUGCUAUCUCUGCUUUGGCAUGAACUCAGACAGCCGAAUGCAGCGGAGGCAAUAACAGCAUCUUGGUGGGAUUACACGGAAUACUUAUUUAGUAACAGCAUGGAUGAUGAUGAGGAAUGCCCUCUAAUGCUGCGUGGCUGCGGCGUUCAUGGCCACACAAAGCGAGAGUUGGUGGAAUGGGUACCCAGGUUUGAGGUUAAUUACAAGCUGCUAUGUGCAGUUGAGUGGCGGGAUGAGCUGAAAAAUAUUGGGAUCGUCAAGCCAUGAGACAUGGACUGUGCAUAGAUAGCGAAUACAAAGCAAAUUGCGUGUCGG